AUGGCGACACAAACAGAACCUGAACCGACUGAGCAUCCCAUUCCUUUUCCAGAGCCGACCAUAAUACCUCCUAGAAGCAAGCAUACCCAUACUCUCAUACUUCUUCACGGUCGGGGCGGCGCUGGUCGGGUGUUUGGGGCCGAGAUAAUUACCACAAUCUUAACUGCUCCAAGCCCCGAUAAUACUCUUCCGAAACGCUUUCCGGGACUCAAAUUUAUAUUCCCUUCCGCAAAGACGACUCACUCAGCUCAAUGGGACUUAUAUCUUCCCCAAUGGUUUGAUCGUGGUCCGAUUGGUUCCCCAGCCAAAGAGCAUAAUGAUUUACUUUAUGGGGGACUUAGAGAAUCGACAAAACACCUGCGAACAAUAAUUGACUCCGAGGUGGAACUCGUUGGUGCAAAGAAUGUUGUCAUUGGAGGUCUGAGCCAAGGUUGUGCGCAAGCACUCCAUGUUCUACUGAGCUAUGCAAACGAUGAGCAUUGUGCCUUGGGCGGGCUGGUGGGUAUGAGUGGAUGGCUACCAUUUAAAGAACAAAUAGCAGGCUUCAUUUCAAACGACCAAGAAGGACAAAAGGGAGAAGACGAAGGGCCACGGCACUCGAGAGCCUUGCAAGCUAUGAAUUACGUUUGCCAGUCGGUGUUGGAUUUGCCCCCCAUUACUGCAGAAGCAGCUAUCGCUUCUCUAUCUACACCUAUAUGGCUGGCCCAUGGCGGUAUGGACAGGACUGUCACACCAAAUCUGGGAGAGGCUGCAGCACAAACACUUGAAAAGCUUGGCUGGGAUGUAACCUGGAUGCUUUAUGAUGAACUUGAACACUGGUUCGCUCCAAUGGAGCUGGAGGAUAUGGCUAUAUUCUUGAGUACAAGAGCUGAUAUCCCGGAGGCAAGCCAGUAA